ACUCCCCUUCCGAAACAAAUUAUUUGGCGGUUGUUGAGUGUUGCAUUUUGCUAAAUGUAUUGAGUAUUGGGUUUGUCUCUGGAGAUUCAUUCUGCCAGAAACAAAGAAAUGAGAGAGGAGUCGAAAAGAAGGCCCCCUUCGCUUGAGGGAUUAACAUUUUGACUUUGACCCGCACACGACCCGACUACCGAACAGUAAGGGGAGUUCAAACUCUGAGAAUAUUGCCUACUAAUAUUUUUUAGAGGGAAAUUGUACCCGCCAGUCCGCAACACCUAUUGCUUUAGUAUAUAGAUAUGAAGGGAAAGAAAAUGGAGAUCAACUCUCAAGUCUUCUUCUUCAGCGCUUCUCAAUAGAGUUCGGUGCAGGCUAAGCAGCGUCUCCACUCCACUCAGAUAUUGCUAUCGUUCAUAGCCCAUCAAUCUGUAGAGGUACUAUUGGUUGCAACAAUGUAUCGACGAAAAAGGCGACAAAACCUUCCGUCCUCAUCAAACAGUGAGGAAGAUCUUACUGAUAUCAUUAGAGAACACGCCCUUCCAUUCCUUCCUGCUAAAUCACUGCUCAGAUUCAUGACUGUUUGUCAUCACUGGAAGCGCCAUAUAUUAACACCAUCCUUCCACCUUAAUCAAUCACUUCGUUUCACUGACAUAACGGGCCUUUUUUGUCAGACUACUCCCGAAAAUCCUCCUGUCUUCAUACCAAUUCAUCCAACAUCUGCUGGUGUACCAGAUCCAUCUUUGAGCUUUCUGCCAGAGCCUGUUGUCAUUAAGGCCUCAUCAAAUGGACUGUUGUGUUGCCAAGGACGAAACGAAGACAAGCUUUACUAUUUGUGCAACCCAGCUAUAAAGCAUUGGAGAAAACUUCCAAAACCUACUGCUUCUCUUGGAUCUGAGCCAGCACUUGUGGUGAUAUUUGAACCGUCAGAGUUCCCCAAUAUAUCUGAGUACAAAAUCAUUUGUCCCUUCGAAUUUGCUGGUUUUGAUGGUGCAAUUGGAUUCGAAAUAUACUCCUCCAAGAAGAACUCUUGGAAUGUUUCUGGGGAUUUUUGUUUUGGAGCUAAAAAUGCUACUCUGGGAUCUGGUGUUCAUGUCAAUGGCGUUGUUUACUGGCCUGUGAAGAGGGGUGGAAUUCUUUCUUUUGAUCUAACAAAGGAUAGGUCAGAAUUACUGGACAACGGCAAUUCUGAAGGCAAAGACUGCAUACUGGGAACAUAUUAUGGAACGCUUUGUAAGGUUUAUAUCGAAUUCGAUGACGAAGAAUUGUUGGUCAAAGUCAUGGUUAAUAUCCAAUUGCCUCAAAGAGUAAAAAUGUGGGAAACAGUGAGCUGCGCUGGUUAUCCUUUCGACACCGAUAUGCCGCUGGAUGAUAUUACCUCCAGAGUUGUUGCUAUAGGCAGAGAAGAAGCAGUGGUCAAGUGUGGGAACCAAUUAUACUCCUAUGAUUUUGAACGCAUGGAAACUAAAAUACUAUCCAAGCCAGGUGAAUCGCAUUAUAAUAUAUGUGUGCCCUAUGUGAAUAACCUUGUUUACCUCUGAAUUUGCUCUCUGUUCACCUCAUGUACUUGAGCUUCAUAAACUCAAUCUCAAGCUCUACUUUGAACAAUGAUACAUCAAUCUAGUUAAGGGAAUAAUGUGUGAUGUUCUUCUAUCAUUUGGGAUGAUUUUUUGUUUCCGUUUCUUUUAUAUUUGAACUAUGUAAAGAGUUUUCAUUGUGUCAUCUUUAGUUCAACGGUCUUUUGAUGA